AUGUCGCAAGCAGAGCCGUCCACCAUGGCUGCCGAGAUAUUCGCGCGACAACACAGGGCGUCGAGAGGGUUGGGAGAGCGGAAGCCACCUCAAACCAGUUCUUCACUCCGAACCUCGAUUUCGGCCGACUACAAGGAAAGCGAUACCCGCCAGCCGGAAGAUGAAAUGUUCACCGCUAUAACACAAUCGCUCGACACACUAUCUGUGGGCUCUAAACGCCCUCGCAGUCAUGAACCGGAAAUCGACGAUUACGGGUCUGAGCUUCUCAGUGAUGCAUCUGACGCUGAUGAUUCGGAUCUCGGGCACUCUAGCCAGUGUGCUGACGAAAAUCACAAGAAAACGGAUGAGGCGUAUAAGUUCAAUAGGAAAAGGUUACUGGCUCGAAGGAAAAGACGUCGUUAUUUUGCCGAGGGGAGCGAGACUCAAGAGUCGUUGGGCACUACAGCUCAUGGAAAUGUGUAUGAUCUUGUCUGUGGGCCCUUGAGUAUACAUUACUAUACAAUGAUCAAGCCGCACAACUAUUUCGAACAGGCGGUAACGCACUUUGAAAAUCAUUCGUAUGCUCGCAAGGGUCAGAUGAAGAUCGCAGGCGGCCUGACUGACGGUUCAAUGAUAUAUCGGGGUGAAGAUUUCUUGCUCAUCCGGUUGAUUCCCGGUUGUCGUGGCUUGCGCUUGAUGGCUAUUUUAUCCACCAAAAUUGGUUCCGAUGUUUCACGGACACCCGUAGACGGCUCAGAUUCGGUCAGAGGCACUAUUCGCUGCGGCAAUCAAGUGGCUUGCGUGGAUAACCACGGGUUUGGAGCGCCAGGCGAGAUCACGCGCCUUCCGGCUGAAACGGCCCUUCCAUUGAUGACUAGGGGUCGCACAGACAUAGCCGCGUACACCAUGUCGAUGACGCCGAACCAAUCGAACGAAGCGAACAAGCCUUUGCUCGAAGGUGACGGGACAAAUCAAAUCCUAGGAAAAAUUCAAAGCCUCGCUCAAUACUAUGGAAGCAUUCACUUCGCGCGACCCGACUUAAGAGCCCUAAGCUCUACAAUCCAACCCCUUUGCAGCGGAUGGCGCGGUUUUAUCCGUUAUCAGGAUCACUGUCUUCGUCGCUAUGAUGGGGAUCUGAGAGUGUGGAAGAGAAGCCGGAAUGGCGAGUUGAUUAGUUCUGGCGUCACUGUAGGCCCCCCGGUAGCAGGGAAGAGGGGACAUAGGGCGGGCAUACAGGUGACCUUAUCAAUUGUCGAUUCGAAGUUACGCCAUUUUGAGAAGGCUGGUAGAUGGCAGCUGACUAUCAUCAAAAAGACAAAAGUUUUCAACGCCUACUCUUCAGGAACGCAAGAUCUCACUGAACCGAAUCAUCAGACAAUGGGGUACGUGAACAAGCUCACAGCGGAAAACGAGGCAUCUCGUAGAGAGAUGCUGAAGAAAUACGAGACCGCCAAGAACUCUUCUCCUCCGGGCGCCGAGGAAGAAUGCGGCGAGCAAAGCCCCUGGUAUAUGGCAGUCAAGGAUGAGGUAGUCAACGGUAUUAUGCUCAUUGAUAUAGUUCGAGUGUUUUGCCAUGGAAACCAAGUCAAGAAGAAAAAAGCCAACUUUACUUAUCAAAUGCAGCUGGAGGUAGAGAAACUGUGUAUAGGCCCUACCAGAGAAGAAUAUGAACGUGAUGACCCUGACAGCCGAGCGCUAGCCGACCUGGCUAAUGACUGGCAGCCAAUGAAUGCACCCGAGAAUGAAGAACAUGCUUUCAGCAUGGUGGAUCACAACGAGAAGAUUCUAGAGCGCAUGAGAGAGAUACGCAAACCAGUUGUAAUCCCUCGAUUUCUGGAUUAUGAUCAUGAGCUACUGAAGCCGGAGUAUUUCGAGACCCAUCGCUCUGGCCCCAGCAGUUGUGCGGAUGUGAACUCGGUUACAUCGGGAACUGAUUCGGAAAGUGACGAGGACACCACUCAGGCGAAGUUGCAGAGGAUGGAAGGAUCAGAAGCGAAGUAUCUUACUGUUCCGGGUCUUUCCGCAGUAGCCCCAUCCACGAAGUCAUUGAGAUCGCCUGCGGAGUCGAUCAAAAGUGAUGGAAGCGAAUCGGAUGGUCGAUCGAAUGGUCUUUAUUCAGACCGUGUGCCUUCGAUCACCUUAAACACCCCACCGAAUGAUCGAAUGAAAGCUGAAAGCUCCUACUUCGCGGGAUUCGAAUUCAAAGAUCCGUCUCUGGAGAAGAAACCAUCUCAGUGA